AUGAAGGCAUCUCAGAGUCGGCAAAAAAGUUACCAUGAUAGGAGGAGGAAAGCACUUGAGUUCGAGAAGGAUGAUCAUGUAUUUUUUAGAGUUACUCCAGUAACGGGUGUUGAUAGAGCUUUGAAAUCGCGUAAGUUGACGCCGCAUUUUAUUGGUCCGUAUCAGAUUACCGAGAGGGUAGGUGAGGUGGCAUACCGGAUUGCGUUACCGCCGUCACUAUAUAACCUUCAUGACAUGUUUCACGUGUCUCAGUUAAGGAGAUAUAUUGCAGAUCCUUCGCAUGUUGUCCAAUUAGAUGAUGUUGAGGUUAAAUAUAAUUUGACCGUGGAGACAUUACCUAUGCGGAUAGAAGAUAGAGAGGUGAAACAACUCCGAGGUAAAGAAUCGCUUUAG